GGCUGUUGCUAUGUGGAUCAUCGAUCGCAUCAUGUGCGGCCACCCCACUUCCGCCGGGUAAACUUCGCCCAAAGCGAAACCCCCGAUGGGGGAAGGGUGCGAAACGCGCGAAAUUUCCGCCACACUUGAACAAUCCCACCACCAUCAAAAUGCCGAUCAAGCUUCACCGCGAUCAAUUCCGCUGGACCAACGGUCGCGGUCAUGACCAGAAGCCAGUACUGUACUCUCAGAAGGCGAAUCAGCACGGUCUCGGAAAGAAAGAACACAACGCCGACGACUGGUGGGCUAAGGCCUUCGACAACCAACUCAAGUCCCUCGAUGUGUGCAACUCCUCUACUGGUGAGGUCACCGUCAAACAAACGAAGAUGACCGCUACCCCGAUCGGAAUGCACAUUGCGAACCGGUAUUAUAUCAAAUUUGUGCCUGGAGGGGUUCUGAAGGGGGACGUCGAGACUGCACAGGAGGAGGCUGCUGCUGCGGCGGCGGUGGUGGCGGAAGAGAAGAGGGCUCAAGAGAAAAAGGACAAGAAGGCGCGGAAAGAAAAGAAGGAUAAGAAGAGCUCACGCAGCUCACGGGAGAGCACGGCGGAUGGUGGGAGGCGCAAGGAGAAGAAGCAAAAGAAAUCCAAGGUCGACGAGACGAGGGAUGAGCGCAAGGAAAAGCGGCGAUUAAAGCGGUUGUUGGAGAAGGAGAUGGCAUUGCUUCAGAUGACAGCGACGGAAGCGUAACGUUGACUAGAUCUUAUUUUCUACGGAGUUUGGGGCGUUUACAAAAGUGGGAUUCUGUACAUACACGGGCGCACGCUACAUUCGCUCAAGGUGGUUGACGGCGGUCUUAAUAUAGGGUGGAGACGAAUGGCUUGACUACUUGGAUGGCCUAUUGAGAUUCCACCUGUCGUGUAGUGGACUGUCUUCGUGUUGUCG